AUGCGGGCUCCCAUGAACCCGUCAUCUCCGAUGAACAGAGCCUCUCAAUUCGCUCCCCGGAUACAAGUGGCCCCAUCGUCCCUCCUCUCUUCCAGACCCUUCUCCUCAAUCCUCUUCUCAACCCCAGCCCGCCAACCAAUUCAGACGACGCAGUCUCUCACAUCUCGGCUUUCCUCGCCGACACCAACUCUAUCACUGUUUUCACAGACUCAGCCUGAGCAAGCUCGCUCAUUCUCCGCAUCUGCAGCUCUAGGCGCGCCCCGGAACACCUUCAACCCGUCGCGGCGAGUUCAGAAGCGCCGUCAUGGAUUCUUGUCCCGAAACAAGACUCAUAACGGACGGAGAAUUAUUACUCGGCGACGACUUAAGGGUCGUAGGAAUGUGAGUUGGUAA